CGCCCCUCGCGGGCACGCGCCAGGUCGCAGCGGUGUGACGUACGGCCGGCAAGAUGGCGGCCUCCAUGUGGGGCUCGCUGCUGCGGAAGGUGCGGCAGGUGGUCCCAGCAUCAGCCGCAGAACAAGUUCGCAGUUACUACGUCGACUGGAAAAUGUUACGGGACGUGAAGAGACGGAAGAUGGCGUUUGAGUAUGCGGACGAGCGGCUGCGUAUCAACGCCCUCCGGAAGAACACCGUCCUCCCCAAAGGCCUCCAGGAGGUGGCUGACGAGGAGAUCGCAGCCCUGCCCCGCGACAGCUGCCCGGUGCGCAUCAGGAACCGCUGUGUCAUGACGUCCCGGCCCCGAGGGGUGAAACGGCGCUGGCGACUCAGCCGCAUCGUCUUCCGGCACCUGGCGGACCACGGCCUGCUGUCGGGGGUCCAGCGAGCCAUGUGGUGAUGGGCGGGGGCCUGGACCCCCCACCCCAGGCUGCGGGGAGGCGAGAGCUGGUGAGGCCAAGACUGUCCUAAGAAAGAGACGCCCAGGUUUUCCAGGCUGGGGGUCCUGUCGGCGUGAUGCCCGCUUGUUUUUGCGAAGAAGACGUGAUGAUGUUUCCUUCCCAGCCACGGCAGACUGGCCGCGAAUCAUCUUUUCUCCUGGAUUCAACAGUUUGGACAGGCUGUGGUUUCCCGUGAAUGCUCUAAACAAGGAAAACAUUAAAAAGAGUUUCUAUGAAAA